AUGAAUAUAUUAAAUCUUUUUAUAUGUUGUCUUUCUGUUUCCCUGUUAAAGUUUAUUGAAUGGAAACAAUAUAAUUAUGACUGUGUUGUAGUAAUAAAUAAGAAUUGUAUUGUAAAGAAUGGAAGAAUUUUAGGUGAAUAUGAAAAUAAUAAUAGUUCAGAAAAUGAAGGAGAUGAAUAUGAAGAUUAUUUAGAUGAUAAAGGAACCAAUGAAUUUGAACAAGUGAAUUACAAAUAUUUAGAUUAUGUAAAUUUUACUAUUGUUAAAAGUCAAAGUACCUAUCAACAUGCAGUAAACGAAUUAUUUGUAUUUUUAGGAUCCCAAUAUAGUACAGAUGAAAAGAUUGUAGUACAUGUAAAAUUAAUUGAUAUAUUAUCCCUUUUAUUUGUUCAUUAUAGAGAUAAUUUAAGUAAUUUUGAACACAUUAUAAAUAGUUUUCAAGAUAGAAAUAAAUUAAUGAAUUCUGUUGAAGGAGAAUAUUUCCGUGAAUUUAUUGAUGAACGGGAUAAUUAUAUAUUUGAUGUAAAAAAUACAUAUUAUAAUUCUCAAUAUGUAAAUAAAGAGAAAGAAAGAAUAUUAAAUAAAAAAAAAACUAUCUAUGAAAUAUUCCAAAAAAAUUGGAAAACGGAUGGUUAUCGUUUUUAUAGUGUUAAAAAUAAAAAGAAAUAUUAUUAUCCAAGAAAAAUUAAUCUUGAUGAACCAAGAAAACGAAAGAGCAGAAAGAAAAAAAAACAAAAAAAUGUCAAAUGUGUUAGUAUGGUAUGUAAACCUGUAAAAAUUGAGUAUAAAAGUUUAAAUAAACCAGUAAAUAGUCCUGUAGAUGAUAAUAUUGAUGUUAAAACAAUGAAAGGAGAACAACACAUUAAAGGACAAGUUGAAGAUAAAAAUGAUGCAGUACAGGGAAUAGAAAAUGUGCAACAAGAAAAAAAAGAAUAUAUGGACAGAUUUGAUAUUCAAAAUGAAAUACAAAGUCAAGUACAAAACGAUAUAGAAAAUGAAAUAGAAUAUGAAAUUAAAAAUGACGAUAAUGAUAAUAAUGAUAAUAAUGAUAAUAAUAAUAAUAAUAUUCACAAUAAUUAUAAUAUAGAAGAUGGUGAAGCUAUUAAAUCAUAUAAUAAUCAAAUGUGCGAUGCUGAAGAAAAUAAAACACCAAGUAAUGGUUAUGUCAGAGAAAAUAGUGUAGGUCCAGGAAUUGCUUAUCGUAUGAGAAAAGAUUUCUUCUUAAAAGAUUCCUCAUUUAAUGUUAUAACUCUUAUAAACUCCAUAACAUCCAAUAGAGAUAAUAAAGUUGUUACUAAAUUACAUGAAGGAUUAACAAAAUUGGGUAUAACAACUAUUGAACAUUUAAUUCGAUACACAAACAUUUUAGCUAUAUUCUUCUCUUAUGAUAUUUUUGAUGAAUUGUACUUACAAAUUAAAUUAGUAAAGGAAUAUUUUGGACUUAUAAAAUAUAAACAUAAUAUUUUAGAUAGUGAAGAAAAUGAAUAUGUAGUAGGUAAAAAAACAUUUUAUGGAAAAUAUAAUAUGAUUGAUGAUGAAGUGUUUGUAUCUCCUAAUUGUUUAAGUGCUUAUUGUAAAUUAAAAUCUGUAUGGAUGCAAAAUAGAAAUAUUACAGUAAAAGUGGAAAAAAGUAGUACUAAUAGUUUGAAACUUAUGAUGUUAGGAGAUAUCGGACAAGGUUUUGAAGAAGAAAAGAAUUUUGAUGUUCAGAAUAUUUAUAACUUUAUGGGUUUUAAUGAAUUAAAAAGUACUGUACAAAGUAUGAAAAAAUGGCAUCUAGAAAAUAAUGCAGAUUUUGUUAUUAAUUUAGGUGACAAUAUACCUAAUGAUGGUAGCUACAAUUUUAUUGGAAACUUCCAAUGGCACCGAUUAAUGAGAGAAUUGUUUGUAUUUAAAAAAAAAAGUGAAAAACAAGUUAAUAAAGAUUUAGGAACGAAUACAUUAAGUGCUGAAAGUAUAGCUAAUUUUUAUAGUGAUAAAAUGAAAGAAAUGAACGAAGGUAAUUAUGAAAAUCAUAUAAAUUAUUAUAAUGAUAAUAAUAUUCAUAAAAUUAAAGCACAAAAUGAAAAUAAAGAAAAUGAAAAUUCAAAUGAUAGCAAUAAUAUGAAUAAUACUACAGGUACAAGUAAUAAAAUUAAUGAUAUACAAAAGAUUUCUAGUUCAAAUACAUAUAAUAUUGAUGUUGUAGAUCAUACAAAACACGUAGAAUCUAAUACAUCUAUUAAUGAAAAAAAAGAAAAAUCUAUAAGUUCUGUAGAAGAACGUGCAAUUUUAUAUGAAGAUGAUGAAGAAAAUGAUGACGAUGAAGAUUCUAAUGAUUAUUUAUCAGAAGCUAUACCAUUUUAUUCUAUAUUAGGUGAAAAAGAUUAUUUCUAUUUCCCAAGUGAACAAAUUCAAGAACAUUAUUCUAAAAGAAUCCCUGGAUAUUUUAUGCCUAAUAAUUAUUAUUGUGUUAAUUAUGAUUUUACAUAUAAUCCUGUUAAGAAAAACAUAAAUGGUGUUGAAGACGAUGAUGAUGAUGAAGAAGAAGGAGGAGGUGUUGGAACAGAUGGAAAAGUAAAGACUCAAGAAAAAUUUAGAGCUUCAUUUAUAUUUAUUGAUACAUGGGCAUUAAUGGUUGGAUUUCCAAUAAUAAGAAAUUAUCGUGCAUUCCGUGAACAAUUUAAUUGGUUAAGUAAGACAUUAUAUGAAAGUGCUAAAAAGAGUGAUUGGAUUUUUGUUGUUGGUCACCAUCCAUUAAUUUCGAGUGGUAGAAGAUCUGAUAAUUAUUCAUAUGAAGAACAUUCUUUCCAUGAUAUUAUUAGAGAUUUCUUAUUUAAUUACCAUGUAGAUGCAUAUUUUAGUGCCCAUGAUCAUUUAAUGGAAUAUAUAAAAUUUGGUAGCGUAGACUUAUUCAUUAAUGGAUCUUCAUCUAGAGUCUUAUUUGAUAAUUCUACUAUGGGAAGAGGGUAUUUUGGAAAAAUGAUAGGAAAAUUAUAUCCAAUAAGUUGUUAUAUAUUAAAAACAAUACAUACAGGAUUAAAGCCUAGAGGUUGUAAUAUUAAUAGAUAUUCCAAAUGGUAUAACAAAUCAGAUAUAGGUUUUAGUACCCACAAAUUGACAAAAGAUGAAUUAGUUACACAAUUUAUUAAUAGUAGAACAGGAAAACCUCUUAGCGAUAAGAUUAUUACAAAAAAUAAAAAACAUGAGAGGAAGAAGUUUUAUGAUUUGGAUGGAUUUGCAGAGGACAGAAUAAAAGAAUUGGAAAAGAAAAUAAUUGAUUUUAGUGUAAAUAAUCCCGAUUUAAUAAAUUACAAAAUUAAAGAAUUUAAUGAAAACAUUGAAAAACAUAAUUUAAUUAUGAAGAAAUUGAAAACAAAGGAAGAAAAAGAAAUAUUCAAAGAAUUGAUCCAAAUGAAUAAUUUAAUAUUUGAUGUAUCUGAACAACUUGAUAACGUUCCUAUUGAAAAAUUAAAAAUUAUGAGCCAACUUGUUUCAAAAUAUAAUAUCUUUUUUAAUAAAGAAUUGGUUGGUUUUAUUGUAGCAGCUUUAGAAAGAGCAAUUCAAAUGGAGAGAAACAAAACACAUAGCGCAGAUGAAAAUGUAUCGCCAAAUGAAGAGGAUAAAAAUCUUAUGGAAUUGAUAGAAUCUUUGGGAUAUCAACCAGAAGAAUUUUUACAAAAAUAUGAAAGUAUGACAAGUGAACAAAAAUUGGCUUUAAAAAACAAAAUUGGUAAAAAUAUAUCAUUGGACGAUUAUGUAAAUAGAAUAAAAUAUUAUGUAGAAAAGAAAAAAAAACAAGAGGAGAAAAAUGGUAAUGAUGAACAAACGGAAGAGGAAACGGAAGAAGUCGAAGAAAUUGAUGAAUUGAAAGAAAUGGAAAAAAAAAGAAAACAAAAUGAAGGUGAUAUUACUGAUGAAGAUGAAAAUGAAAUAAAGGAAGAUCAAAAAGAUAAUGAAAAAGAAGAUGAAACAUAUGAAGAAUAUUUAGAUGAAUCACAAUUUAAGGAUGACGAAAUUCCAUUAGUUAAACAAGUACAUAAAGAUUUUAAAAAAUUAGCUGCUCAAGAAAAAAAAUUAAGUGAACAGAAAUAUAUUCUUUUAAUGUUAGCAUCUAUAAGAAAAUCUGAUAUUAAUAAAUAUCUAUUAAACCUAUCAACCAAAAAAGAACGUAUUAAAGAUGUUACAACAUCAAACUAUUUAUCUAAUAUAGAACCACGUAAAACAUUUUUCCAACUGUGUAUUGAAUUACCACCGGAUAUUAAAAGAAUUAUAAAUAACUUUAGUGCUGUAGGAAAAAGAUUACCCUUCUUUAAUUUUAUUAACAAAUUAUAUGAUGAAAUAAUAAAAUUAAAAGAUUCCCUUGAUAGAAUAUCAAGAUUAUAUUAA